GAAUAACCUGAUUGAGGAUGUCUGGCCGCGGAAAAGGUGCAGGAAAGACCAGGGCAAAGGCCAAGACCCGCUCCUCCCGUGCCGGGCUCCAGUUCCCCGUCGGUCGUGUCCACAGGCAUCUGAGGAAGGGUAACUACGCCCAGCGUGUCGGUGCAGGAGCCCCGGUGUACCUGGCCGCUGUGCUGGAGUACCUGACCGCUGAGAUCCUGGAGCUGGCUGGAAACGCUGCCAGGGACAACAAGAAGACCAGGAUCAUCCCCCGCCACCUGCAGCUCGCCGUCCGCAACGACGAGGAGCUCAACAAGCUGCUGGGAGGAGUGACCAUCGCUCAGGGAGGCGUGCUGCCCAACAUCCAGGCUGUGCUGCUGCCCAAGAAGACCGAGAAGGCCCCCAAGAACGGCUCGAUCGACAUUGUGUUCUGCAAACCUAAACUGAACAUGUCAGGAAGAGGCAAGACCGGAGGAAAGGCCAGGGCGAAGGCUAAGACCCGCUCCUCCCGUGCCGGGCUCCAGUUCCCUGUCGGCCGUGUGCACAGGCAUCUGAGGAAGGGUAACUACGCCCAGCGUGUCGGUGCCGGAGCCCCGGUGUACCUGGCCGCUGUGCUGGAGUACCUGACCGCUGAGAUCCUGGAGCUGGCUGGAAACGCUGCCAGGGACAACAAGAAGACCAGGAUCAUCCCCCGCCACCUGCAGCUCGCCGUCCGCAACGACGAGGAGCUCAACAAGCUGCUGGGAGGAGUGACCAUCGCUCAGGGAGGCGUGCUGCCCAACAUCCAGGCUGUGCUGCUGCCCAAGAAGACCGAGAAGGCCCAAGAAGUGAGCACUCUCAACCUGCUUCAACAAACACCCAAAGGCUCUUUUAAGAGCCACCCACCUCCCUCUAAAAGACAAGUGUCCUUUCUGUUUAUAAUGCCUCAUGAAACAUCAGCUCAACCAUUUCCCAUUUAUCAAGGCUAAACAUGCUGGCCCUAGAAGUUAACAAUAGCAUCAUACAACAAAAAGCUUAAUAGGUCGCUUUCACGUGACGUCAUAUGCUGUAUCACAAGAGCGCGAAACUCAGAAGAGAAGUAGCUUCUGGGGAUCUGCCAUCCGAGAAAAUGCCCAUGUUUUAUGUCGUUGAAGGCUGCUCCAAUCGUUCUAACCAAGAAAAGGAAAAGGGGUUUCAAAGAUUGUCGUUCACAAAGGUGAGAAAUGUAUUUGUGGCUGUGCUUAUAUAGCAUGAGGUUGUCGUUGAAUGCUCAUUUAGUUAGUAAUGAUGAUUAAGUUGCCAGAAAAUCUAUGCAAACCUCUAAUUAGGUUUUCACACACUUGUACAACGGAUGGAUGAGAGAACGA